GAAAAACUCCCAGCAAGGAAACGCGGAAGAAGACGCGCAUCUUCCACUUCCGGUUAGCAAAAUGGCUCAAGGUUCACGAAAGUUUAAAGCCCAGCGGCCAGGAAGCUCCAAGAAACCGCACCAGAGCAAGCACAAAGGACCGAAAAAAGGAGGGAGGAUCAUUGCGCCUAAGAAGGCUCAAGUGGUUGAGCAGCAGAAACUGAAGAAGGGUCUGGAAGUUGCCAUCAGGAACAAGAUUGAGAUGGAGGUGACCCAGAAGGCCAGCUCGUCCCUCCACAAGCCGCUGAGCGUGGUCAAAGGGGCCGAAGGUAAAGGCAACCCCGGAGCAGCACGUCCAGGAACCAGCUCCAAAUAGUCACCCGAUGCACCAGCUCGCACCCACAGAGCUCAACGUGACGGUGUUACAAUAAGGAGGACUGAUUUGAAGCGUCCGUGAGCUGCAGUUCAUUUUUAAAUGUCACCUGUCCUGUUCUUGGGCAGGUGACAUUUAACUUUAUAGAAGUAAUCUGAGCCGUAUUCGGGAAGAUUCUUGUUCAUCAAAAGCAAACAAGGCAUCACUGGGCCAUGGUGACUAGUUGACACUCACUGGAAGGAUUCAAACCGAAUGAAUGUAAGAAACCUCAAAUUGUACAUUUGUAAUUCCACUUGGAAACGGUUUCUAUCGCUCUGUCACAUUUGUAUAUAGUCCAGUGAGCGUGACAGGUCUCUGACAACCAAAAUGGUGUUCCUUGUGUUUGAGAAGUAGCAGGGAGUCAGUCUUGUCCGACUGCUUUGUAAAAUCAAAUGUUGGGAACUCAUUUUCAAGUUUAAAUUCAAGCUGUCACUUGUAAUUUCUGUAUAUAUUGAAACAAUCUGUUGAAAGCAGGGUCUGAAUAUAACAUGGAAAUAAAACGGGGAUGAGUGGACACAUCCGGAUCUUG